AUUGCAUUGUGUUUUUUUAAUUUCUAAUUGGUUCCAAAGUGAGACUGACGAAUUGUUUAAGUGACCAUUUUAUUUAAUUUUACUGUUUACUGUUGAAUUUUUAUUGUUGUCCAUCUUUUAAAUGAUUAACUGGUGACCUUUAAGAAAAUUUGAUAUUUUAAAACUUCUAGUGUUAAAAAUACUUUAAAAUGUCUUUAGACUUAUUACCUGAUAGUUGUUUGAUCAAUAUUUUUAGCUGUGUCAACAGUAUCCACGAUAUAAGCAGAUGUUUAAGAGUUUGUUCAAGAUGGAAUCGAUUAAUGAGAAAACUAAUGCCCAAAGUCAAAUAUUUGAUCAGAGAGAAUUGCGAUUUUCAAGGAAGCAGAGUUGCAAGAUUCAUGGAUAUAGUUUUCUAUUGUCGCCCAAGAGAUUUAGUCAAGCUAAGGAUCAUGGACAUACUUCCCAAUCUCAAGAUUAUUGACAUGACUGGUGUGCGAAGAAACAGAUUGUCGAAACAUGAAAUCGAAACUCUCAAGAAAACUCAAUCUUUAAAGGGGCUUAUCUACCGGAUUGGAUUGUUUGAUUUCAACGUUGCCAAAUUUUGUCCAAAUCUUAGAUAUCUGUCAACUGAAUAUCUUUCACCUGCUGAUACCUUUGCUCUUUCAAAGAUCGGAUUAACACAACUUUUUGUUGGUGAUUGCUUCAUGAGCUCCUUAUUUUCGCCAACUUUAGUUAGGCUUCAUAUCAGUGAUUGUAAUUUUGGAACUUAUAAUGGCCCAGAUUUAAAGAAUCUUAAAAUUUUGGAAAUUUCUGCCUUCAUCUGGUCCAAGGAUACUCCGUAUAAUGGCUUUAGCUUGAUCAAUCGAUGUCCAGCUUUGGAAAGUGUUUUCAUGAAAAUCACUGGAAAUUUUACCUUUAGCCAAGGUGAUAUUGUUACUAACUUUAACAUUCGUGAUUUCAUCCUCGAAAGUUUCGAUUGUGAAUGGGAUUUGAUAAAGAAAAUUCUGGUCAGAUAUCCAAACAUAAAGCACUUAGCAAUACGGGAAAAUGUAAAAAUUGAUGACAGUUGUGUUUUUGAAAUAAUUGAUUUGCUGCCAAAUCUUGUGUUGCUUGAUCUUCGAGAAUCUCCCCAAUUAACGAAGCAAAGUGCAGCUUACAUUCGGCGAUAUAACAGAAUACAUAAUACAUGCAUUAAGUUUUACUACAAAAACGAUGUUCAAAUUAUCUGCGAUUGGAAAACCCUUUCCUACAGGCCUAGACGAAUUGUGCAAGGAAUUGAUUUCAUGAAGCAUUGCUUUCUCCAAACUUUUGAACAGCUGCCACAUUUUAUGAACUCAAAAGAUGACUGAAAAAUCAAUUAAACCAUAAAUAUUAGAUUGACAACGACAAUCGAUUCAAAAAUUCCGUUUACACCUAAAAUUUUGACUUUGUUGCGACUCUUAAAAAAAGGAUAAUUACUUGGCUAAGAUCAAAUGUUUUAAGUACUGCCAACAACAUACAUAUCAAUGGACCUCAACUGGACUGUUGGAAUAAAUUAAAUAUUCAAGCGGUCGACAAAGAAAAAACUACAGUUAUUUUUAAAUAAUCAAAUAAAUUUGAUUUUUUACACCAUUAUCACUUUCAAACAAAACUAAUUGUUGCUAACAAGCCUCUUGAUUGCUAAAAAUCAUCUCUUAAACAAAAUUUGCAAGAAAAAUCAAUAGCUCAAGAUCAAGAUUCAAGCCAGUGGACUCAGUAAUUGCUUUUCCAAGCCCGUGGACGGUUAAGAUAGAUGGAUUUGACAUUGACCUGAUAUCUAGUUGGUUCAUGCUUGAGGCAAGAUUCUUACUAAUUACCAGGUGAUCACUGGGUUGAUCAUAGGUCAAUCAAUGAGUAACAAUGUGAGAAGCAAUUUCAACUGAACAUAUAAAAUCAGCGUAACAUUAAACUGUGUUUUCUGAUUGACUUGAUUUUUGGCAAUUAUAAUUGCGGACUUACAAGUAAUCUGACUAUCCUCCUAUGAAAAAAGUAGGUUAAUAUGUUUUCAAUAUCUACGAACUGUUUACUUUUAUAUUGAACAUUUUCUUAGCUAAUAAUAUUGCAAAAGCAAUCAUUUUUAUUUUAAUUUCUUGUUCUAAAAAUGAUAAAAGAUGAAUAUAAUUAUAAUGGCCAAAUGCAUAAUCAAAUGAACUGACCAUAUGAACCUAAA